AUGUCUCCGAAAUGUGCAUAUACAUAUAAAAUGACUAAUAAUAAGCUGAAAAUUCCUUCUAGUUCUUUGGAAGAACAACAACACUACAGACAGUAUCCAUAUACUGUAAUCAAUACAAUGUCAAAGCCACUUACGGUGUAUAUCAAGAAACUUGUUGUUACUCCUCCAGAACUUACGCUUCAAGACUUUGCAGCAGCUCUAGAUUGUAUCUUCUCCGGAAAUGCAAACGAUGUUGAGAUAUCUUCAUUCUUGACAGCACUAAGGAUCCAUAAACUUGAUUUCAAUGCAGAUUUCAUUGCCACUGCGGUGGAAACCAUAUUGAAAUACUCAGAAAAAAUCCCAGAUGAUCAAGUCGAUAGUGAUGGGUAUGUCGAUAUUGUUGGCACUGGUGGGGAUUCACAAAACACUUUCAAUGUUUCCUCGUCGGCUGCUAUUGUUGCUGCUGGUAUGGGGGUAAACGUUUGUAAACACGGGGGUAAGGCUUCUACCAGUGCUUCAGGCUCGGGUGAUUUGAUGAACCAAUUAGGCGUUGAGUUAAUGAAAGUAACUUCUAAAUCAGCUCCUUUAAUUGUGAAAGAAUCGAAACUCUGCUUUUUGUUUGCGCCUGCAUUCCAUCACGGAAUGGGACAGGUCGUAAAUGUAAGGAAGCAACUAGGGAUACCGACUAUUUUCAACAUAUUGGGGCCUUUACUAAACCCAAUCAAUAUAAAGGCUCGUAUUUUAGGUGUUUAUACAAAGGAAUUAGGUAGAACCUAUUGCGAAGCAGCAGUUAAAAUCGAUCGAGCUAAUGGCAAAAGGGCAAAUACAAUGGUGGUGUGUGGUGAAGUUGGCUUGGAUGAGAUCUCACCAAUCGGCCGAACCAAUGUCUGGUAUUAUAAUAAAGAGGCCGACAAAAUAGAGGAAUUCACCUUAACCCCUGAAGAUUUUGGCUUGCCGGAACAUUCUUUGGACUUGGUCCGGUCUGGAACACCAAUUGAAAAUGCCGUCGUUUUGAAGGAAAUCUUAAAGAUGAAUAAAGAACAGGUACAACCCGGUAUCAAUCCAUUGGUCGACUAUAUAUUUAUGAAUGCUGGUGCCCUAGCUGUUGUCUCUGGACUGGCGCAGGACUGGAAACAUGGUGUCGAACUUGCCAGGGAAGCAGUUUACUCUGGGAAAGCUCAAACGGCUUUAGAUGAGUUCAUUUCAAGCAUUUAUAAAUAUACUUAA